UUGUUAUAUUACUAUUUAGGUUAAAAAUUUAGUUUUAACUAUCCUUUAUAUGAUGAACAGGUUUCAGAUUUAGUUUUAACUAUCCUUUAUAUGAUGAACAGGUUUCAGAUUUCAAAAAUGUUGAGAUUUCUAGACUUUGGCAGACAAACGCAUAAGUUCAACUUUAUUCAAUUAAGACACGCAGGCCACAAUAAAUGGAGUAAUAUUAAACAUAUAAAAGCUGCAAAAGACGGAAUCAAAUCAAAGAGAAAUGCAGCGUUUGCCGCGAAAAUCAAUAUUGCCAUUAAGGAGAAAAAUGGAGAUGUUAAUACCGAGACUAACUCAGCUCUCAGGAAAAUCUUAAAUGACGCGAGAAUAGCCCAGGUCCCUAAAGCAACGAUUGACACAGCAAUUAAGAAUUUUAAGAAUAUUGAUGCGGUGGAGGUUACUGCAGAAAUCAAGUGUGCUGGGGGAAUUAUACUUAUUGCAGAAUGUCUAGGCAAAAGUCGUCAAUUUGUACACAAUGAACUUAUAAACAUUUUGAAGAAGAAAAGUGGAGUUCUUGAAAAAGGUGGUUUGAUAUCCAUGUUUGAAAGAAAAGGAGUAAUUAUUGCAGAAUUAACAAGCUCUGAUAAUUUAGAUUCGAUUGAGGAUGAUGCAAUAGAAGCUGGAGCUGAGGAGGCAACUGUAUUAAGUACUGAAGCUAAGACUGUAGAAUUUCUGUGUUCUCCCGUGACUGUUGGUCAAGUUCGUCAAUAUUUAGAGGAACAUGGUUACACAUGUAUAGAUGCCGCUGUUAAUUUUAUUCCACUGAUACCUGCCAACCCUAGUCCGGUAGAUAGAAAAUAUGCACUUGCUGUUAUAGAAGCCCUAGAAGCCUCUAGUUUAGUGACAGCAGUUCAUCCCAACUUUUAAUCCAUUUAUUUUCUUAAUCCCUCAAUUCAUAAUUGUCCUCUUCAAUCUUUCAUUAAAGGAACCGUUCACUGAUAUGGGUAAUUUGAAGGUAAACUAAAUAGCCUAUUUGCUAUUCAUUAAUCUUUAGUCUUUCUCAGUUGCCUGCUUUCUCUCUAGCAGAACGGACCUACUAUGCAGUCCCAGAAUUGCAGCUGGGGAAGCGAUGUGUUUAGUUACGCAUCUAGUAUCCUACAGGGGAAGCAAGAAUUGUA